AGUGAGUUCGAAGUAACCAUCUGUUCCAAAACUUAUGACAAGAUCAUGAAGAUAACAACUAAUGAGAUCAUGAAUACUAUUACAAACAAAGAUAUUAUGGAAAUAAGUGUCGAUAUAGCAUCUAUAUUACUUUUGGGAUCAGCAUUUCUGGUGUAUUCCAUAUUGCCAGAACUUCGAAAUAGACACGGCUUCAUGUUGCGCAACUACAACGGUGCCCUGACUGUAGCAUACGGAAUUCGCUUUGUGCAUUUUCUGAUCAAAUCGGAUAUACAGUAUUCCGUCUGCGUUACAAUAGCCUUUUUAUUAUACUUUAACUAUAUGGCAAGUUUCUUUUGGUUAAAUAUAAUAGCUUUGAUAUGUGGUGCACAUUCAGAGGAUUCAGUUCGUUACAAAGAAACGUCAAACAACAAGAAAAAAGAAAGUUGAUAUAUUAUACGAUCUUUGCGUGGGGAUGUCCCUUGAUGCUUGCUAUCUUAUCUGUCAGCAUGGAUAUUCUUUCUAAGUACAACCAUGUACCACCAGUUUUGCGACCGGAAUUUUAUUUAGGACAGUGCUGGUUUUUUGGGAAUGGUCCGUAUUUGUUGUAUUAUUAUGUGCUCAGUAGUAUGUGCGUCAUCAAUAGUGUUUGUUUAUCUAUUUAUACGGCAAUAAAAAUUGAGCGUUUCAAAAAGGAAUCGGGUCCUUGUCUGAAAGAUUCGGAGAAUAAAUGCUUUAACGAUAAUAAAAAAUGGUUUAAUCUAUAUCUGCAGCUAUUUAUCAUGCUAUUUAUCUUAAUGGGCAUAGAAUGGCUAAUGAUAACAGCGUCUUUAGCUGAAAGUUUAUCAAUUUUCUACAUUCUAUGGUAUGGUACUAAUUUCUUGGCUAUUAUGCAGAGUCUAUGCGUCUUUAUCAUAUUUGUGUGUAAAAAACGGAUCAAGCGUAUGUUAUUCAAGCGAUUCGGCAUCGGUUUGUCGCCAAAUGCUUGACACGGAUCGAAUGCAACAUUUUCGAGCAUUAUUUCCACGUCAAAAGAAAUAGUCAUACAGGAGAAGAUGAGUUCUUCCGAACGAGCAAGUCACACUGAUUUAACCGACCUUUAAUUUUUAUUUGAAAAUGGAAAUCAUGUUUUUUUAUGUUGUUCUUUAUAGUUAAGAUUAAUAAUUUUAAUUCACACAUAUUUUUGAAUUUUGUAGCAAAAGCAUAUUAACUUGUAUCGUUUCUUUUUCAAAUUUAAAUGAAAUUAUGUUACAUUC